AUGUGGACGACAACCAGUGGCUUGCGGGGCCGGAAGCUCCGUAUCGCCAUUACCAUCACCUCUGUCCUGGGUUUCUCGCUCUUUGGUUAUGAUCAGGGGUUGAUGUCCGGUAUCAUCUCCGGUGACCAGUUCACCCAGGAGUUCCCCCCUCUCUACAUUCCCCCAAAGGCUGAUCCCUCGUACUCCGCUGCUUACUCCCAGCAUGUCUCGGUCCUCCGUGGUGCUGUGACUGCCUGCUACGAGCUGGGCUGUUUCUUCGGCGCCAUCUUCACGCUCAUGUACGGUGAAAAGAUCGGUCGAACUCCGUUGCUGGUCGCCGGUGGAAUCAUCAUGGUCGUCGGUGCCGUCAUCUCCACCGCUGCUUUUGGUCCUCAAUGGGGUCUGGGUCAGUUCGUUAUCGGCCGUGUGAUUUCAGGUCUUGGAAACGGCAUGGAUACGGCCACAAUCCCGGUCUGGCAGUCGGAAUGUUCUCGCGCUCACAAUCGGGGUUUCCUGGUCUGUUUCGAAGGUGCCAUUAUCGCUGUCGGCACUUUCGUCGCCUAUUGGGUCGACUUUGGUCUCUCGUACGUCAAUACCUCGGUCCAGUGGCGGUUCCCCGUGGCGUUCCAGAUUAUCUUCGCCAUCAUGGUGACUGUCGGCGCUCUGAUGCUGCCCGAGUCCCCUCGCUGGUUUGUCAUGAGGGGACGUGAUGAGGAGGCACGCCACGUCCUGGCCCAGCUCAACGAUGCCGACCCCGAUUCGGAGAGCGUGCUCACUGAUUUCAACCUCAUGAAGGCCGACCUCAGAUCGACCCAGGAAAACAAGGCCAGCUGGAAGACGCUCUUCACCUUUGGCAAGACCCAGGAAUUCCAGCGCAUGAUCGUCGGUUGCUCCGGCCAGUUCUUCCAGCAAUUCACCGGCUGCAACGCCGCCAUCUACUACUCCACGCUGCUCUUCCAGCAGAAUCUGAACAUGACGGGCCGUCUCCCACUGAUUUUGGGUGGUGUCUUUGCUACGGUCUACGCCCUCGCAACCAUUCCCUCUUUCUUCAUGAUUGAAAAGGUUGGCCGCCGCAAGCUCUUCCUGAUCGGUUUCCUUGGUCAGGGUCUCAGUUUCAUCAUCACCAUGGGCUGCCUGGUUCACGGCACCCCAGAGAACUCCAAGGGUGCCGUUGUCGGUAUCUUCCUCUUCAUCUGCUUCUUCGCCUUCACCACUCUGCCGCUGCCCUGGAUCUACCCGCCGGAGAUCAACCCUCUCCGCACUCGUACCAUGGCGGCCGCGGCCUCGACUUGCACCAACUGGAUCACCAACUUUGCCGUCGUCAUGUUCACACCCGUUUUCUCCGACGCCAGUCCCUGGGGCAUCUACCUCUUCUUCGCACUCGUCAACUUUUGCGGCGUGCCCUUCGCCUGGUUCUUCUACGCUGAAACCGCGGGCCGUGAUCUGGAGGAGGUUGACAUUAUUUUCGCCAAGGCCCAUGUCGAGGGCAAGUGGGCCUACCAGGUCGCCAAUGAGUUGCCCAAGCUCAAUUCGGAGCAGAUUGCCCAGAUGUCGAAUGACCUGGGCUUGAGUUUGCCGGAUGCGGGCGUCAACUACAAUGCUGAAAAGGCCGAGAUCGCCAUCACCAGCAACGACAGCCAGGAGAAGCAGGUCUCUGACUAG